AUGGUGCUGCUCGGAAGCCAGGAGCGGCGGGUCAUCACCGUGGACGAGCUUCGCCGCGGCAUCGAGCAGCUCGGCGCCGAGGCCUACGACGCGAUGAGCUACUACGAGCGCUGGAUCGCCUCCAUGACCAACACCCUGCUCAACAAGGGUGUCAUCGAUUCCGACGAGCUCGGCCGCCGCAUGGCCGAGGUCGAGGCGCGGGGCGAGGAGGGCGCCGGCUGA